GGGAUAAAAGCCGGCGGGCUCGGACUCAGGGGACAGAGUGAGGACGAGGACACAAUGAGGACGCUGCUGAGUGUGUGUGUGUGCGUGUGUGUGUGCCUGGCCGCGGCGCAGGAUAAUCUGGACUACGACGACUACGAUGUGGACAACAAAGGCUUAUCUGCAAAGAAUGCAACGGCCAAAGCGGGGGCCGUGGACGCCCGUGGGCACCGCCCACUGACGAGGGGCGGGGACACAUACACCCGCAAUCGCAAUGCCCCGCCCCCUAUUAGUGGCGGAGGCAGGUACCGCGGCCGUCCCACCCCCCCUCCGGUCGGGGGACAGCAGCUGAGAGAGAAGGAGAGGCAGCCGGACGAGGGAGGAUGCACACACGCCGCUGAGGAGAUGGGUGUUUUGUGUCCUAGCGGCUGUGAGCUGAAGACGAUGCUGCUGAAGCAAGAGAGGAACGUCAAGACGGGCAUCAACGAGCUCAAGCCUCGGGUGGAGGAUUUGUCCCGAGCCUCCAACAGCGUCUACACCUACGUCACCAGCAUGUCCAGCUCGCUGAGGGAGAGACAGAGGGUGGUCAACGACAACAACAGGGUGGUGAUUCAGUACACCGACCGGGUGGAGGAACAACAUGCCUACAUCAAGGAUACUGUGGACACCACCUUCCCCUCCACCAUCAGAGUGCUGCAGGGGGUCCUGGACAAGAUCAGGAUGAAGAUCCAGAGGCUGGAGACGGCCAUCGAGUCCCAGAAGGAGGAGUGCAAGGAGCCAUGCAAGACCAAAUGUCCCAUACCGGUGGUGUCUGGGAAGGAAUGUGAGGAGAUCUACCGCCGUGGAGGAAGAGACUCCCAGAUGUACUUCAUCCAGCCGGAUCCCUUCUACCCUCCUUACAAGGUCUUCUGUGACCAGACCACCCAGAAGGGAGGGUGGCUGCUCAUCCAGAACCGGCUCGAUGGAAGCGUUGACUUCGGCCGCCGCUGGGACGAAUAUCGCCGCGGUUUUGGCAACAUUGCCUUCGAUGUCGGAAAGGGUCACUGCGAGACUCCCGGUGAACAGUGGCUCGGCAACGACCGUAUUAGUCAACUGACCAAGAUGGGCCCCACUGAGGUCCUCAUUGAGAUGGAGGACUGGACAGGAGCCAGAGUCCACGCCCACUACCGCCAAUUCACCGUCAAGGGUGAGACGGCCAGCUACGUGCUGGCGGUCGACGGUUACUCCGGCAACGCCGGCAACUCUCUGCUGGAGGGUACCUACGAACUGUUCGGUGAAAACCGCACGAUGACCAUCCACAACGGCAUGAUGUUCAGCACCUACGACCGAGACUACGACAACUGGAACCCCGGGGACCCCUCCAAACAGUGCGCCAGGGAGGACGGGGGCGGCUGGUGGUACAACCGCUGCCACUCGGCCAAUCCCAACGGCCGGUACUACGUGGGCGGAGCCUACACACGUCACAUGGCAAAACACGGCACAGAUGACGGCGUGGUGUGGAUGAACUGGAAGGGUAGCUGGUACUCGCUCAAGGCCAUGAGCAUGAAGAUCAGGCCCUUCUUCGACAUGCCCAGCUAAUCGUGUAGAGAGAGCAGAGGCAUCACCGCCAAAAUAAAAGACACCAAGUGAAGCUAUGUUUGUGUCCUAUAUUUCAGCUGUGACCUUUAAGAUGAUGGACACGCACACAACCUCCACGAAGUGAAGAAGUAUUGUGUGAGGGAAUGUGCUGUGACCUCCACUACUCAAUAAACACAUUGAGGAACCUA